UCUCGCGUGACAUGACACGUUUUCGAAGAAUGAACAUGUUCAUUCUUUUUCUUGUCUCGUGUCACGUUUUGCUUUCUGAUAGGGGGUUCCCCUGGGUUUUCCCCAGCUUUUACUUUCGUUUUCACGCCAUGUGUUGCAACUUCUAAACAUGAAUGACUACAAACAUAACCUGAUAUCCCUCGUCCAGAAAACCCCACUUUUGUGGGAUCCCAGACAUAGGGAUUAUAAGAAUAAAGAUCAGCGGAAACAAGUAUGGGAAAAAAUAGAAGAAAUGCUCCAACCACCAGAAACAGGUGUUACUGCAAAGGAUACAUGGACAUCACUUACAAGAAGUUAUAACAACGCACUACAUCGCAUGAAAAAUAAAUCUGGUGAUGGAGCUGGAAGUUCGAAGCCGUGGGUGUUCAUGGAAAGUAUGAGAUUCCUUAAAAUCGUCAAGGACAAAAGGUCCACCACAGGAAAUCUCAGUACCAACAAUGAUGAUGUCGAAGAGCUGAACGAGUCUGGUUGCAGUGUUGACGACAACGUCAGUAUACUGGAGCAGGCGAGAAGGUUGGAUGAGAAAUCUGUUGCUCGGGAAUGUCCAAGAAUGGGAUUCUUCAAAUCCUUAAUGCCAAAAGUACAGUCCCUAACUGAUGACCAGUUUAUUGAGUUCCAGCUGAAGGUUUUGAGAGAUCUGAAAGAAGUUUCAAAGCCCGUGCCCCAACCAAUCUACUUCACACAAGAAGUAAUGCCACCAAACAUGAAUAACCCCGGAACUUCCAGUGACGUCUCCACCAGCUCUGGGACAGUUUACAGCCAAGAAUCAUUUUUGGAGUUGUUAAAUAAUCCAAAUUGA